AUGACCAAAGCCCCUCCUCCAAUAUCAAUUGCACCAGACGGGAAGCCGAUUUAUGCUGCCAACGCUACGCUUCCUGAUAGCCUCGAUGAGGGCUAUGUGGAUCUCCGAUGGGGUGCUGGCAAUUGCUCUAUGAGUCCUGGUUACGACGGGUACAACGCAAAGUCGUGCUCUUGUGUCAAUCGUAUUGGCGACUGGUAUCAUGGUCAUGCGACUAGUACAAUAACGACACAGCAGUGUCAAUGGUCGUAUAUUCCGGGUUAUGCAACCGAAGUUCAGUCCCUUGGUUGCUCGAUGGUGACCUCAACGCUGCUGAAUCAGAACUAUCAUGCUCCGAAAGACUGCUGCGACAAGUGCGCGGUGCGUGGACAUGCUGUCCGCCUUGUGUAUUUCCCUCCAGAUGAAGGAGGUGCAGAUGGUAAACCGGCUGGCAAUUUGACUUCAAAGGUGAAACGAAAAGAUGAUCACGAGAUCUAUGGUGUCGUCUCGGAUGGGUUUACUUUCAUCUCGCCGUCUGCUUACUACCGAGAUUGGAACGGUUCACCAUCUCGUUACGAGAGCUUAUCAACCAGAGGCGCUGUCUACGGCAGCCUGUCUUGGUGGUGGCAGCCAAGGGUGGGAGGCGAUCAAUUACGAAUCUUUAUAUCAUCCGCCGGCUUCGUCGAUCAUGCGAGAGGCCUAGCAGAAAUGCUUCACCAACUCGAUCGACGAGGGCUUCGCAGCUCAACUCUACAUGUCCCCUCAGCUCUCAUUCCCCCCGACGUUACCGACAUUGAUCCUGCUUGGGCUACAUGGGGCGGGGGCACUUGUACCCCAAUCUAUUUGGGUGUGGCCGAUCCUCCCAGGGUCUUGGGACAGGCCACUGCUCUUGGACGAGCCCCCGACCCCGAACAAACGGACCCUGCUUCUCAUGGACCACAACCAGUGGCAGCUCAGCCCGCCGGACAAGCCAGUUCUCAACCUAGUCCAACCCCAAGAAAUAUUGGCGAUCUCCCUAAGAAAGCACCUUGGGGCCACAAACCAGCCUCGAGUUUGAGCGGACCCUCAGACCAAGGGUCUGCUAAACAGCCCCACGCCCAGCCGGCGAACGAUCCCAAUCCACCCGCAAGCGAUCCUGCCGGGAAUGAUCCUGCCAAUGCCGGUCAGUCCGCUCAAAAUCAGGGCAACAACAAUCCAGCAGCUGUGCAUCCGGCGCCCGCAAGUUCAAGCGGUGAUCGACCUUCGAACGGCGGCGGAGAUGGACAGAUUGGCGACCCCAACCAAGUGUCUCCUCAGGGUAUGGACAGCCUACACCAUGCUCUGUCACCCAAUCCGGCAGAGCAAGACCCACAAGCUCAGCAAGCGCCGUCACAACAAAACUCCCAAGCUCAAUCACCGAACGGGAUGAAUGUGCCUAACGUACAGCAUCCCUCUGAUCAAGGCGCAGCAGCGGCCAACAAUGGCCCUAAUCAGGCACCCGCUGCUGGUAACGAAGGCAACAACCCGCCAUCCAAUUCUGAUUCCCAGUCAGUGCCAAUUCCUCUGAUCCCGGUGUCCAAGCCAAGCGUCGAUAAAGGACCAGUCGGAGGCCAAGGCGCUGACACGGGCCUGGUGCCUCCAAGUGGACAGUCAGUAGGUGUGCAAACACCUCAGGAUGGUAAAGCUUCUCCACAAAAUAGCCAACCACAAGCAGACAAUCAGGUUGAGCCCAUUCAAUCAGACGGCCAGCCCCAGAGUCAAGUUCAGGAGCAACCGCCGAUAUCGAAUAAAGACACGGCUAUUUCUGACCCUGCUUUGAAUGAGAACCUCCCUUUUGUCAAUCCACCACCUCAAGUUGGCUCACACCCAGUUCAAAAGCAAGCCAAUGGUAAUGUGGUGAUUGGCGGCACCACAAUACCGGAGGGACAACAAGCCACCGUAGACGGUCAUUCCAUCGUCAACGCACCAGACCACAUUGUUGUUGAUGGAGAAACCCACAAUGUUGCAGCCACCCCAACUACAGGAAUCACUUCAGCCGCCCCCAUCUUACAGAACAACCAAGUCGUACAAAUUUCUAGCGGCGGGCUACAGAUCGCUGGCCAGACUCUCGUCCCAGGCAGUCAAGUCAAUCUCCAAGGGCACGAUGUCAAUUACGUGAAACUUGGCCAAGUGGUAGUCGACGGCACAACGAACUCGCUCUCUCCUAUAUCAACAUCCAACCCUCUCUUGAUUGACAGUCAAACCCUAAAUCGCGCCCCUAACGGCGAUGGUAUCGUCAUUGCAGGCUCUACGCUUGCUCCUUCAGCCUCUGCUGCAGCCGUUAUCUCAGGACAUACAUACAGCAUGUCUGGACUCUCUCACAUAAUAGCUGACGGAAAAACAUACUCCCUCCCUCCGACAGAAAAUGCAUACCUUGUGCAAGCCCAGUCCACAUCAGGUUCUUCACAGCCUUCACCCGUCACUCUCGCCAACGGUCUCGUCAUUACCCCUGCUCCUUCUUCGCCCUCCUCUGUGCCACAAGCUUACGUCCUUCCUAACGGCGCCACCAUCUCGCCUGGGGGCUCCACAGCUGUUGUCAGCGGAACAACAUACUCCGCCCUCCCCUCUAGCGGCGGUCUUCUCGUCAACGGCAUCUCCACGCUCUCAAUCCCUACCUCGCCACCAAUCGCUUCCCCUUCGGUCUUCACAGUUGGUGGCCAGAUAAUUACGGCAUCACCAUUCGGCUUUGUUCUCCCGAACGGCGCCUCACUCUCCCCUGGCGGUACCGCGGUAACGGUUGCAGGUACAACGAUGAGUCUCGGACCCUCAGGCUCGCUGGUCAUUGGUUCUUCGACUUACGCCCUCUCCACACCUACCUCAGCUACUAUUGCACCAGGUGGCAAUGUCUUCACAGUCGGAAGUGUGAUAUUCACCGCCUAUCCAUCUGGGUUUACAAUAGCGCCUGGCACCAUUAUCUCACCCGGUGGCGCCGCGACCACGAUCUCUGGCACGGUCGUGAGUCUAGAUAGCAGCGGGAAUUUGAUCGAGGGGAGUAGCACGAUACAUUUGGGUCCGCAGGCUACGGGAUCGGGAACAGGGGUUGGUGUUGGUACGUCUAGUGUUGGGAUUGGGGGAGCGAUUAUGGGAGGGAUGGGGCCAACGCAGGCACCGGUGGCCUCGCAGAGGCCAGUGCAGGGAGCUGCUAAAAGAACUAGGGGUUUGAUGGGGGGAUUUUGUGGAAGGGCCUGGUGGGGCUGUCUUGGAGUAUUCAUAGGAUUGGUGCUAUUCUAG